AUGUCUACCUCCUUUUCAAAUGUAAUAAAUUCUGGUCUUAGUAUCAUGCACCUUAAUGUUCAAAGUAUCAUUCCUAAAAUAGACCUUCUCCAGACAGAAUCUCAGCCUUAUGAAAUCUUGGUGUUUACUGAGACAUGGCUUUCUCAUACAACUUCAAACGAACAUAUCCUCAUUCAGAAUUUUGAUCCGCCCUUUAGAAAUGAUCGCGUCGGUAGACUUGGAGGAGGCGUCGCGAUUUAUGUAAGAUCUGGUCUCUAUGCUACUCGACGGCUGGACUUGGAAAUUCUUGGUCUAGAAACUUUAUGGAUAGAACUUACAUUACGUAACAAAAAACUCUUGGUUGGGGGCUUCUAUCGACCUCCCGAUUCUAACAACGAAUAUUGGACUCUCCUAGAAGAGAGUAUAGAUAGAGCCCAUUUUCAUUCUAAUAAUGUCGCUAUCACAGGUGACUUUAAUAUUAAUGUACUAAACGACCAGUCAAACAAAAUAUCAAGACUUAUGAGUUCAUAUAGUUCUGUGCAACUAAUUUCUGAGCCAACCCAUUUUACUGAAAACUCCCAAUCUCUUAUCGAUCUUGUAUUUGUAAACAAUCCGCAGCAUGUCAUAUCAAGUUUCACCGCAGAUCCCUUUAUACCUGAUCUCACAAGAUUCCAUUGUCCAACCGUUGUAGUUUUUAAAUUUCAGAAACCAAAAAUCACCGCUUUUAAAAGAAAAAUAUGGAAAUACGACCAGGCCGACUUCGAUAGUUAUCGAGAAGAACUUGACCAAGUCGACUGGGAUACCCUUUUAAAUAUCGAUGACUUAGAUUCCGUAGCCGAUGACUUGAGCAAUACUAUACUUGAUAUUGCCUCUAAAACAAUCCCUUCUAAAAUUGUCACUAUUCGUCCUGCAGAUAUACCAUGGUUUCAUUCCGGAAUUCGAAAACUAAUCAGACAGAGAAACAGACUAUUCAGAAAGGCAAAGAUAGCGUCUGAAGACACAGACAAGGUAAAUAUUCUUAAUUCGUAUUUCUGCGAACAAUCAAACAUUAACGACAGCAAUCACUCACUACCUGCUAGCCCAGAACAACCAUCCCAUAUUCUUUCAUCUAUUCAUAUCUCACAACAAGAUGUUACAGAUGCAAUAUCGACUAUUAAUCCAUCUAAAUCCUGUGGUUCGGACAUGGUCAGUCCAAGGCUUCUAAAAGAAGGCUCCUCCGUCCUAGCUGCACCGCUUGCUAUAUUUUUUAAUAAACUAAUUACCGAGUCGUACUUUCCCUCAGUCUGGAAGACAGCAAAUGUUACUCCAAUUUACAAAAAGUCUAAUCCAUCAGACCCUCAAAACUACCGACCAAUAUCUCUUCUUAGCUGUGUUGGGAAGCUUAUGGAACGAUGUAUACACAAACAUUUUUUCAAUUUUCUUACACAAAAUAACAUACUCAGUAGUUAUCAAUCAGGAUUUAUACGUGGUGAUUCCACAAUUAAUCAGCUUGUGUAUAUCUACAAUGACAUUUGCAAGGCUAUGGAUGACGGUAAAGAAGUAAGAGUAGUAUUUUGCGACAUCUCCAAAGCCUUUGACCGAGUAUGGCAUAAAGGUCUUCUUUUUAAAUUGUCCACAAUUGGUGUCUGUGGUAACCUACUUCAGUGGUUCAAAUCGUAUCUCACUCUUCGAAAGCAAAGAGUGGUAUUUGCCAAUACCUCGUCUGAUUGGUCAUCCAUCAGUGCUGGUGUCCCUCAAGGCUCAAUCCUCGGACCUGCUCUAUUUCUUGUCUACAUAAACGACAUUAUUCUCAAUUUACGUUCAAAUGUGAGGUUGUUUGCCGAUGACACUAGUAUGUACAUUAUUGUCGAUGAUCCUGCUACGUCGGCAGCAACCUUAAACCAAGAUCUCGAGACAGUUCGGAAAUGGUCUAGGACUUGGCUGGUCACUUUUAAUCCUUCCAAAACUGAGACUCUCACCUUCUCUAGAAAAACGACAAAACCUGUACAUCCUGACCUAUAUUUUGAUAAUGUCUUGUUAAAUCCUGUAAGUACACACAAACAUCUAGGUCUAACAUUGUCGGAAGACUGCAAGUGGAAUGCACAUAUCACAAACACAGUCAAUAAAGCCUGGCAACGGCUUGCACUUCUACGUUCCUUUAAAUACCUUUUAACUAGACAGAAUCUUGAACGACUAUAUGUCUCGUUUAUUCGUCCUCUACUUGAAUACGGCGAAAAUCUGGGACAACUGUUCCGACUACUUAAAAUCAGAAUUAGAGUCCGUUCAAAUUGA